GGAGCGAACAGUUCGGCAGCGCGACCCGACGUGGGCACUUCGCUGUCCGGCCUUUCUUCAUUAAAAUAUUAUCCGUACCCCGACGUAUUCGUGGCCCGUGCACCAGAUCGGUGCCAACCCUUAAAAAAAACCCAAUUUGCGGUCAAAACUCGCUCGCUUUUUCCGAAGCUAAAAAAAAUCCGCGAAUUAAAAAAAAGUGCCAGGUAUUUAAACAAAAAAACAAGUGACCCGAAUUUUCAUUAGUGAGUAGUGUGUGACUUUUGUGAUAAUAAAAGAAUCCACUGGUCAAGAAUUCGCGGUGUGACUUCCACAAAGGGCCAACCAUCUGGAGUUUUUCCUUUUUUGUUUUUAAUUUUUGCUCUUGACGCUGUAUUGGAUGUUAAUUUUCGUGAUACCCGAAAAAAAAUAAAUCAAGUGCCAGGAAAUAAAUAUUAUACAAGAACACCGUUUUUUCUUUAGCGGUUUUAUAUCACAGUGCCAAGAAGAGAUAACAAAAAAAAGUACAGGGGUCAUGCUGUGUGCUUGCUUCCUUACUACCUUUUAACUAAGGUCGAGGUCAGUGCGAAAAUCCUGGGUAUCCGAACCCAAGAGUAGACGUGCUUCUCAAUAACAGUGUUCAAAUACAGUGCAUUCCUGCAACCAGGAAAAGUGGACGCUCCGGGAUAUGAACCCAGGUACGACCUGGGGUUGCGUCGGGGUAGCUAAUAAAGUGUCUACCGGGGGCGCGGAAGAAGGUACGACGGAGAGGCAGGUUGUGAGUGGGUCGACGUGCGCGACAGUAGAGAGAAGAAAGCCAGGAAGUCGAGAGUACGAAGGCGCAGGCGCCGUGGGUGAUGUGAGGCUGGCGCCCGCCUCACGUUUGGGGUGAUGCCCUCCAGUGAGCCCCAUCCCUCCCAGUACCACCUUCAGCAUCACAACAUUCCUCCCUCACACCUCCAGCAACAUUCGUCGAACGCGAUCGGGCAACAUCAGCUCUAUCAGCAGCUGGUGGCGGCCCAUCAUCAGCAGCAACACGGCGGGCCUUUUCAAAAUUCCACGUACGCGCAGCAAAAACAAGAGAUGAGCCCGGAGGAGGAGGGUGGUCGAGGGGGCGGGUCCCCCCCGACCGCCGGGGCCGCUCUUCAUCCACCUCACCACCCCCGCACGGCGAGUCCACCCUCCGGCAGUGAACCUUGCACGAGAGAUGCUAUUCCAACACCCACCCCGAUCGUGGACACGACGACCACCACUACCACCGCGAUCCCCAUUCAAUCGCAGGGUCAACAGCAAACGCAACAAGGUUCAAGUCCAAGUCAGAGUCCAACGGGCGGCGAUGUGGAAAAAUUCGACGGCAAAAUCGUCUACAAUCCGGACGGCUCGGCGUAUAUCAUUGAGGGCGAGAGUGAACUCAGUGAAGAUGAUUCACUACCGGACGGCUGCAUCGUCGACGGUCGAGGAGUCUCCGUACCGCACUCGUUGGUGUUCCCUCAAAUCGCCAGCGCGUACUACGUGUCCAGGCUCUACGCUCAUCAGGCCUAUCAGCAGCAGCAACAACAGCAGCAACGCACCUCGGCGACGCAACACAACCCUGAUCUCCCGGUAAUGCACAGCUAUCGAGUCAUCAGCUACAGAAGCGCCGAGGGCAGCAAGCAGCCGCCACCGCAGCCUGUUGCACCGCCAUCGCCCGCCGCCUCUGUCCCCGUCAAGCCCAUUCUCAUGUGUUUCAUUUGCAAGUUGAGCUUCGGUUAUGCCAAGAGUUUUGUCGCUCACGCUCAAGGUGAACAUCAACUGACACUCAUGGAGGACGAGCGGCAAAUUCUGUCGCACUCAACCGCCUCCGCCAUUCUCCAGGCAGUCGGCCGAAGUAAACAGCCUCUGGUCAGCUUUCUGGAACCGGUCACUAGUUCCACUUGUUCAACCACGUCGCCCGGACAAACGCAAGGUCAACAACAGCAACGAAGCGAAGGAAGCGAAAUCGAUAUUCCCACUACCACGAGUACACCGGCGAGUACGCCCGGAGUGCCGAGUAGUCCGUUGCAGCAGCAACACAGGCCAUCGCCAAGCACCCCAACGACACCCACAUCUCACACGAAUCAUCCCCUAACCUACAAUCAUCAUCAAUGGCCCGCUGCUCAAGUCAGUGCAGCAUCCUGGGCCAAGGCACCCGACGCUGCGAUGCACUACACCUCACCACCUCCUUCAGCCUCCACAAAAAGUUCUCCAUCCUCCUACGCUGCAUUGACGCAACAACCACCAAAUUUCCUCACCGGCACAACCAUUGGCGUAUGUCCCGAACACAUGCAAGGCAGACCCAGUGGCGUCGAAUGCCCCAAGUGCGAACUCAUCCUGGCCAGUAGUCGAUUAGCCGGUCCAGGCGGUCCACUCGCCGGCAUUCACAGUCGGAACUCCUGUAAAACCCUCAAGUGCCCCAAAUGCAACUGGCACUACAAAUAUCAGGAGACACUCGAAAUUCACAUGAAGGAGAAACAUCCCGAAAGUGAAACCUCCUGCAUCUACUGCAUCGCCGGUCAGCCCCAUCCGAGGUUAGCCCGAGGCGAGACCUACACCUGCGGCUACAAGCCCUACAGGUGCGAAGUGUGCAAUUACUCGACGACGACCAAGGGAAAUCUCAGUAUACACAUGCAAAGUGACAAGCACUUGAACAACAUGCAGGAGAUCCAGCAGGGCGGUGGUGCUGCAAGUUCCGCCUCCACAAAUCCCUCAUCAUCUCAGGAUGCACCCCUCCCCACACGAAGUCCCCAUCAUCAACAAAAUCACAGUCCACACCUAGGCUGUCAAACAGCAACACAAGGAAAGCCGAAACCAACGUUUCGAUGUGAUGUCUGCAACUACGAAACGAGCGUCGCCAGAAAUCUCAGGAUACACAUGACCAGUGAAAAACACACGCACAACAUGCUCGUACUGCAGCAGAACGUGAAACAAAUGCACGCACUCUCAGCCCUACAGAGUCACCAUCAGCAGGCCCAACAACACCACCAUCAGCAAGCUCAACAGCAACAUCAACAACAACUCGAGCAACUGAUCCACCUCGGCGGUCUCGACAAACCCCAACACGCCGAGGCGGCCCUAGCCGACAUGGCCUACAAUCAAGCCCUCCUCAUCCAAAUGAUGACCGGCGGACAACUACCUCCCCAAUUGCCGCCCGAACUAAUGGGCGGCAUGGCCAACAUGAACGUCAUCGGCAACCUCGGCGGCGACGUGGGUCUCUCCCCCGACAGUAUGGAACCACCACCGGAACCCGCGGAUCCCGAUCCCACUCACCUCUACCACUGUUGUGUCUGCAAUAAUUUCGCCACCGACUCACUCGAGGCGCUAGGACAACAUUUAGCCGCCGACAGAACGAGAACGCGCGAGGGCGAAAUCCUCGCCCUUGUCGCCGGUCAUUUUGUCUGUAAACUAUGUUCCUAUAAAACAAAUCUCAAGGCUAAUUUUCAGUUACACUGCAAGACUGACAAGCAUUUGCAGAGGCUGCAACAUGUGAAUCAUGUUAAGGAAGGUGGUCCCCGCAAUGAAUGGAAAUUAAAGUAUCUCGCGUCACCAACGAGUGCGGCUCAAUUACGUUGCCAUGCUUGCGAUUAUUAUACGAAUAGUGCUCAUAAACUUGCGUUACACGCGGCAUCGCCACGACACGAGGCGGCUGCACUUCUUCUUCGUCAUUUACUCGAGGCUAGUUCUAAUGUACCGUCCGCGGCAAAGCUUUAUCAUUGUGCACUGUGUAUGUUCAGUGCACGACAUCGUCUGCCCCUAUUACAACAUGUCAGGUCAUUGAGACAUCUUCAAAUGGAACAAAUGCAUCAGAUUCAUCGACGAAACAGUAUUCAAGGCAACGAAACGCCGCACACCGAUAUCGGUGAUGUUUUUCAAGUUGUACCCGAUCCAGAUGUACCCUCAACGCAACAAUCAAGUCCAACGACACCGACCACUCCAAAUGCCGCAAACACAAGCAAUGAGCGGCGAGAGGAAGGCAGUGAGAGUGGGAGUGAGGUGAAACAGGAACCAGACAACGAACCGGAACAGGAUCAAGAGCCGGAAGCAGAUUCGGAUGAAAUUAGUUGUCCGUACUGCACUUAUCAACCAACAUCACGGGAAGAAUUAAGACAACAUAUGCAGAUUGCUCAUGUUCAAGACACAGAGGACAAAGCAGAGAAUGUUAAGGAGGAACCAACUCCCGAUUUGCUGUGUCCUCUAUGUCAAGAUGGUUUUAAAGAGAGAACGUCUCUUGAGAAGCAUGUCAUGCAAAUUCAUUCAGUGAACGCUGAUGGUCUACAGAGGCUUUUACUUCUAGUUGAUCAGAGUCAUUGGUUGAAUAAUAAUCCAAGAAAUACGUCAACGCCAGCAGCGGCGCCAAAUUCACCCGGCAACAUGACGAAGCAGCCAGAGGAAGAACACAAUGAACAAGCACCCAGUGAGGAAGUUGAUGAAACAACCAGGUGUACAAUUUGUGGAAGAGUUUGUCGAUCACUGGAGGAACUGCAACAACAUCAUCGUGAAACACAUCCGGCGACAACGCCAACUUUAGCCGUGAGUGAGAAACACGUUUACAAAUACAGAUGUGGACAGUGUAGUCUCGCUUUCAAGACACUCGAGAAACUUCAACAACACUCGCAAUAUCAUGCAAUUCGCGAUGCGACAAAAUGUGCCCUCUGUGGACGUUGUUUUCGAUCCGUCCAGGCCCUGCAACGGCAUCUCGAAUCAGCACACUCGGACCUACAGGAAGACGAAUUGGCUCAAUACAAACAAAGUUUGCUACACGCUCAUCCACUAUUGCAAGCACUCACUGAAGAAGCUCUCAGGCGGCAGAGUGGAAUGAUCGCUGAGCAGAACAUGGAGGAGGAAACUCGAGGCGAUGAGGAGGAAAGUGACGCCAGUGAUUCUUCACCAUUGCACAAAGAGCAGAGGCUCCUCGAGGACUAUCUGAACAGUCAACCAGUCGCUGAAGAUUCCUAUCACGAUCCUGGACGUAAAUUCAAGUGUCAUCGUUGUAAAGUUGCUUUCACGAGGCAAAGUUACCUCACUGGUCACAACAAGACCCUUCUGCAUCGUAAAGGUGAGAAGAUGUCAUAUCCUAUGGAGAAAUACUUGGAUCCUAACAGACCUUACAAAUGUGAUGUAUGCAAAGAAAGUUUCACGCAAAAGAACAUUCUUCUCGUUCAUUACAACAGUGUCAGUCAUUUGCAUAAAUUAAAACGUGCCAUGCAAGAACAGGGUAACAAUAACACACUAAUUUCAGUGGUUCCACCAGCCAGUCCCACUGAAUCCGCCGAGACACAACAGGACCAGGACAAGAAACCCUACAAGUGCAACAUCUGCAAGGUAGCAUACUCUCAGGGCAGUACUUUGGACAUCCACAUGAGGAGUGUACUUCACCAGACACGUGCCGGCAAACUUCAGGAUCUUGCCGCAAGUGGUCAAGUCGAUCUAGGAAGACCUUUGAUUGAACAACCGCCACCCACGAGUCCAAACAGUCCACCCUCCAACACAAACACAAGUGGCAACAACAUGCUCUCCUGCUCACGUUGCAGUGCCCUUUUCAUCAACCAGGAGCAACUAGCCACCCAUCAACAACUCUACUGCAUCUUCAGCAAUCCACUCGCUCUCUUUCAACAACUAGCCGCCUCCCAACAAAUGGGUACUCCCUCAAAAACACCUCCACCCACAUCAUCCGCACCUCAAAUGAUCCAACAAGCCACCUCUCAACAGGCUUCACAAACCCAAGACAUUCUCUCUCAACCACGACACAAAACAUCUCAAAUGUACAAACAUCUACUCGAGAGUUUUGGUUUCGAUCUCGUGAUGCAAUUCAACGAAAACCACCAGCGACGACAGCGUAAAGAGGAGGAGGCUGCCGCCGCUCUACAAGCUCAACAGGAACAGCAAAAGCAGGAGCAACAAAAGCAAGCCCUCGCUGCUCAAGCUGCACAAGAAAAGGAGGAGGAAACCGAGGAUCAUGCCGAGGACGAAGUGAUACCAGAACUGACUCGCAGCACUUGCCAGCACUGCAACAAGGCAUUCAGCAGCGUCUGGGUCUUGAAGGCCCAUUGUGAAGAAGUUCAUCGGGAUCUUGUUCCACGUGAGUUUCUUGAGAAAUACGCACAGCAAUUUAAAUGUGAAUAUGAGAAAAAGAGCGUGGUAGUUACAGCCGCUACUUCAUCAUCGACAACAACAACAGCACCGAGAAGUACAACUCCGGUGGUCCAUCAACCGCAAGAUCUAACAUCCGACAAGGAGCAUCGGAACAAGGACAAGGUGGAAUUGCCGGACAGUAAAGAGAAUAUAAGUCGGACUCCAGAGGCAACAUCAACAACCCCAGCGACAACGCCGGCCUUGAGCAAUACACCCGUUUCGAGUACCGAUUCCGGUACGCCAACUGCUUCUAAUCCACAUCACAUGAAUCAGCAACAACAUCAACAGCAGCAGCAACAACAACACGCUCAAUUAACACUUGCUCAACAAAUGUCCGAAAUGCAAGCUGCUUUAAACGCAAUGGCCGCGUCACAGUUGCAACAACAUCUACAACAAUAUCCCGGUUUGAUGAUGGGAAUGAUGGGACUUCCAUUGGGACUCAAUGUUCCUGCUUUAGCUGCAAUGAACCUUCAGCCUCCUUUGGUGCCCAUGAUGCUACCGCCUCCACCCUACGAUGGCGCUGCCAACGCUUAUCCUCCAAUCAACUCUCAAGCCGAUCUUCUAGCCAAACAACAUCUUGCUCUCCAACAACAGCAAGCUGCCGUGGCAAACGCCGCCGCUUCACAAAAACGCGCCCGCACACGAAUCACUGACGAUCAACUGAAAAUAUUAAGAGCACACUUUGACAUUAAUAAUUCUCCCGGCGAGGAACAAAUAUUGGAUAUGGCCGCACAAAGUGGAUUACCACCAAAAGUGAUUAAGCACUGGUUUCGAAAUACACUAUUCAAGGAACGUCAACGCAACAAAGAUAGUCCGUACAAUUUCAACAAUCCGCCAAGUACAACAUUAAAUCUCGAAGAAUAUGAAAAAACAGGUGAAGCCAAAGUCACUCCUUUAAACUCCAGUGUGUCCGGAAGCAGUUCUGAUGAUAAGAGCCCAAAUAAACAGACGUCACCACCACCGUCUUUACCGACCAUCAUUACACCGCAACUACCAGAGAUCAAGCAAGAAUUGCCAGAUCCCAUUCAAUUUCUCCAACAACAUCAAAGCGAGGAACAUCAACAACAUCAUUCGCCAGGUAGUUCAGGUGGUCAACAAUCGCGACCACAUUCGCCAGCUCUCAGCAUGAGUUCAGUUUUUUCCGGACUUCACCACGAUAUAUCAACGCACUGUCCAUCGGUAACCAGUGCCCCCAGCACACCAAUGCUACCACCAAAAGUGACACCGCAAAAUUUCGCCACUCAAAGUCCCGGCAGUGUUGUAAACAUUGUUCCGAGUUCAAUUGCCGCAAUGGCCUUGACACCCCAAAGAUCCAUAAGUCCUGGCCGGGGACCAGCUGAUUAUUCAUUUGGCGGCAACAGUAAUGGAAGUAAUUCAUCGGGCGGUAGUUCGGGAAAACGUGCAAAUCGAACGCGCUUCACUGAUUAUCAAAUAAAAGUUCUACAGGAAUUUUUCGAAAACAAUGCAUAUCCAAAGGAUGAUGAUUUAGAAUAUCUGAGUAAACUUUUGGGUUUGAGUCCGCGUGUGAUUGUCGUGUGGUUUCAAAAUGCAAGGCAAAAGGCCCGUAAAGUGUAUGAGAAUCAGCCGGCCGCUGAACCAGUGACGCCGGGUGGUCGCGAAGGUGACGACGGUUCGGGACGUUUUCAAAGAACCCCUGGACUUAAUUAUCAGUGCAAAAAGUGUUUACUAGUGUUCCAACGUUAUUAUGAAUUGAUUCGUCAUCAAAAGACGCAUUGUUUCAAGGAGGAGGACGCUAAGAGGAGUGCUCAAGCUCAAGCUGCCGCUGCGCAAGUUGCCGCUGUUCUCAGUUCUGAGGACAGUAACAGUAGUACCGCGACGACAACCAAUACCGGUACGAAUAAUCCAUCAACAACACCAGCUCUCACGGAGCAAUUGCAACAGCCGAUGAAGAUAUCAACUCCACCUCAUCAACAACAACAACAACAACAACCACAACAGCAGCAGCAGAAUUCCUCCCAGCAGCAACAAUCCCAACCUCAGAGUGAAUCCAAGGAGGGAAGUUUUCAAUGUGACAAGUGCAAUCUAAUGUUUGGUAGAUUUGAAUUGUGGCGUGAACAUCAACUUGUACAUAUCAUGAAUCCGUCACUAUUCCCACCAGCCUAUCCACCGGAUUCCCCAUUUGGGAUCUUGCAACAACAGGCUUUGAACGCCACCACUGGUGUAUCAUCAGAGGCUCCACACCCACUAAUCGCCAUGAUGCAGGAUGGUAAGAGAAAAUUUGACGAAUUUGACGAUGGGGCUAGUGAGAAUCGUUCCAGUGCCGAGCACAAUGAACAGCCCAAGGACAAAAGACUCCGCACUACCAUUCUACCCGAGCAACUCGACUAUCUCUAUCAAAAAUACCAAGUGGAAUCGAAUCCAUCGCGUAAAAUGUUGGAAACAAUUGCCCGUGAGGUUGGUUUGAAGAAACGUGUUGUGCAAGUUUGGUUUCAAAAUACGCGCGCACGCGAACGAAAAGGACAAUUCCGCGCUCACAGUCAAGUAAUCAACAAACGUUGCCCCUUCUGUCCAGCGCUGUUCAAAGUUAAAUCAGCCCUAGAGUCUCAUUUGAGUAGCAAACACGCGGAUCAAGUCGCACGUGGCGAGGUUAACAUCGAUAAUAUACCAGACGAAGAACUCUCAAUGGAAUCAGCACCAUCGAAUCCAAGUACGCCCAACAUGAUGCCACCACUAUUCCCACCGUUCAAUUCCGAAAUGGAAGCAUCACUAAAGAAAUAUUACGAGGAAUCCAUGAAGCGAUACAUCAGCGAACUACAAGCACACACUAGAAAUGGAAAACAAGAAUCGGGAAGUAAUCCACCAACCGGCAAUUCCGGUGAAUCACCAUUGGACUUGAGUAAACCAGUUGAUCUCAGUCGUCCAGUAAAACUAAGUCUGGGUGGUUUGAGCAGUUUGCUCGAGGAACAACACGUACUGAACCUCCGUGGCGGCAGUGAUUGCGGUCCAUUGACGGAUCUUUCGGAAAGAAGUAUUUGCGACGACGACAGUAUGAGCGAGACCACUGAAUUCCUUGACGACGAAAGUGGACCAGCCAGUCCAGCGUCAAGUACACAGAGUUCACGUCAAGGUGCGCAGAGCGGCGGUAAUAUGACAAGUGGCGGUCUAUCAGUGAGCGGGAGCGGAGGCGGACAAUCAGGUGGCAAGAGGUACCGAACACAGAUGUCAGCGACCCAGGUGAAGGUGAUGAAAUCCUUGUUCUCCGACUACAAGACACCGACGAUGGCCGAGUGCGAGAUGCUUGGACGAGAGAUCGGACUUCCGAAGCGCGUGGUCCAGGUAUGGUUCCAGAACGCACGCGCCAAGGAGAAGAAGGCCAGGCUUGCGGCUGGAUUACCGGCCGAAGGCUCGGCAGUUCAACCACAUCGGGGACCAACGGGGCCUGACGAAUGUCGACUGUGCUCCGUUCGUUAUUCGCCCAAGUCACCACUCCAGGAGCACGUCUUCUCCCGGCGGCACAUUGAGGCUGUUCGGGUCGCCGUUGAAGACGGCAGUCUGGUACCGCCGACACCGGGGGCGCCUAUUCUCCCCGGUGGUGUUACCGCUGGUCCCACUGCCGCCAAUCAGCCGAGCAACCAACAGCAGCAGCAGCAGGACGAAAAUAUGAUGUACGGAUCCCUCUUCCUUCAUCCCACGGCCAUGUUCCAGCAGCAGCAGCACACCAGUAGCGCUGCGGCCAGCACAGCUACCACCACGGCCGUAGCGGCUUCAGGUUUGAGUGGAAGCGUCACAAGUGGAGGUCUAAUGUCACUGCAGGUUGAAGGUGGAACGCAGGUGCAAGUUCCACGUUCGUUAAUGCAGGCGUUCCUUCAACAGGAUCCAAAUCAUCCUGGAUUAGAGACAGUUAGUCUUUCGUCGUCGUCGUCGUCAUCAGGAAAUGGUGACGAUCAAUUGCCACCGCAUUGUCGUGAAAUCGAGAGUGAAUUGUGCCUCGUGUGUCGUCGAUGUGGCAGAGCAUAUCCACAGGAAUCAACAUUAUUGGCUCAUCAACGCUCCUGCUAUCUUGGCAAUCAACAACGUCGUGGUGCUUUACGUUUAGUGCAACCACGUUACGCUUGUAGUUUAUGCGACAGCGGGACAUCGACAAGAACUUAUGGAACAAUCACUGAAUUACGACGUCAUCUUGAGACAGUUCAACAUCGAACACGUCUCGAGGCAACAAAUAAUCAUCAAAUUGGAAAGCAAUCAUUACUACAACAACAACAACAACAGCAACAACAACAAAAAUCAUUGCAAUUAGACAAUAUUCUUAAUGCCGCCAAUUUACAAUCUGGCGAAGAGGCAAAUCCAUUAAUUGACGAAAUGGAAGAUGUUGUCAAUCAAAUAACACUUCUUGCUGCACGGGCCGCUGCCGAGAGUACCACUGGACAACAGACCAACGGGAAUCAGGACAACAACAAUGGUCCAGACUCGAAGAGACAAAAACUAGUUCAGGAGGUUGCCCCUGUUGCCGAAGCGCGUUAAUUAUUUCUCGAAUUAAUAUUACUCAAAGAAUAAGACAAAACAAACUAUCAAGAAAACAAAAACACUCGAAUUUUCGUGAUUUAAAUUCGGAAUUCAACGAGAGAGAAGAAGAUCUUGACAAUGUUCGUCCCGGUGGCUCUCUGUCAAAGGGCGAAGAAGAAGAAGAAAAAUCGCCUCGGUUUUUAUCAGUGCACCGCCAGUACCGUGCCCGUUGGCUGUUAUUUUUAUAAAUCCUGUUUCGAGCAUAAGCUCUAAAGUUCCUCUGAAUUCUCAAAAAAAAAAAACAAAAGAAACACAAUGGAAAAAUAAAAAAAUCGAUUAUUAUCAAUGUGUAAUGACUAGUGUGACAUUCGAGAAGGAAAAGAAAAAAAUUUUUUUUAGCGAGAUCGAAGGAGAGACGGACGUGGUGGUGUAUAAGAUAAGAGUUUUGGUGCGAGCGACCGGAAGAAACGAAGACGUCGAGGCAGUCUGACAAAACGUUCCUAUGUAAAGUAAAUAAUAAAAAGUAACUAAAAAAGUAACUUAAAAAAGAGAAAAAAAAAGUUACGGCAUCGUAGGGUAGAAGAACGGCGCGCUAGUUCGCCGAAGGCCACGAGUACGUACGUAUCUCUCUCUCUUUCUCUCUCUCUUUACUCUCUCUCUCUUUCUCUCUCCCAUUUCUCUAAUCUCAUUUCUAUUAUUUCUCUAUUUUAUAUUUUAAUCGUUUCUUAAAAAAACCCCUCCCCUACUAGAAAUUAAGUCUGGGAAUUAAUACAUAAAAUGUAUAUGUGGUGAGUGUAUGAAUAAUUGCGUGAUUCAGUGCGAGAGGUAGGGAAUUUUUUGCUAAGAGUUGAUUCAAAUUUUUUUCCUUUUUUUCAUUAUAAUAUAAUGAAGAAUCUUUUCGAUUCUUUAUACACAUAUACAUAUAUAUAAAUAUAUAUAUAGAAAUGAAUUUUUUGAUGAGUUUGGACAGGGGGUGAGAUUCUCUCAGCUGGGAGGGGCUCUCCCACCCGUUGAGGUUCACGAUUUUCGAAAUCGUAACCCGUCCAACGUAAAAUAAAAAAAUAAAGGGCCAUCCGAGCAUGGCUGAAGGAGUUUAAAAAAAAAACCCAGCAACAUGGUUCCUAUAUUUAAUAAUAAAAAGUACAUUUAAUAAAAAAAAAGCGAAGAAAUGAUUAAUAAAUAGUUAUAAAUAAAAAAAAAAUAAAAAAAAAGUAACUCUAAUAUGGUAGAGGCAAGUAUCGAUAACGUCUAACGAAAAGCAGAUAAUUACUAUACUAAAAAAAUAUGGCUCGGAGGAUCGUGGCAAUGUUCAUUUUUUUUCUCAACUCGAGUGAGAGUAUAAUCGAAAAAAAAGAAAGAAAGAAAGGGUGGGUGGGGGGAAAUGAGAGUAUGAGGGAUGAACGUAUGUACACUUGGUCAAAAUGGUAGUGACUAAAAAAUAUUUGUGAAAAACAAAAUUUGAAAAACCAAAAAAGCGCGAAAGUUUAUGAGAACUUGAAACGACAAAAAAAAUCACUAUUAGCUCAUAAGUUACGAUAAUGCUACGUUUAAUUGUAGAAAUAAUAAUGAUUAUGAUGAUGAUGAUGAUAAUGAGGAAAAAAUGAUGCAUUUGUAGAAUGACGCAUAGGUAUAUAUAUAAUAUACAUAUAUAUUAUAUAUAUAUAAAUAAAUAAAUGAAUGAUUAAAUUAAUGAAUUGAUAAAUGAACAAAAAAAAAUAUAUAUAUAUAUUUAAGUAGAUAAAUAUAUAUAUAAAUAUAAAUAUAAAUAUAUGAAGAUGUUGUAACGUACUAGAAUUCUCGCGGGUACUUAAUCCGGAUGAAACGUAUACGCGUACGUACGCGCGUGCGUGAAAAAACAAACUCGCGAAAAAAAGCCGGAAGUGCCACCGGAAGCGCGACAACGGAGCCUUCGUUUUUUCAAAAAAAAGAUUCGACUCAGUCGUCGCGCAAGCACGAAUCACUAGGGUAACAAAACAAAAAUAAAAGCGAAACUGAUAAAAGAGAUAAGGGCUGAAGAAGAUAAUUGGGUUGAAGGAGAAGGACGACGGUGGAACUACUAAAUUUUAAGAAUAGGGUGGGGGGUGGGAAUCGGGUUUGAAAAUAAAUUUGGGGGACAAAAUGACUAAGUAUUGAAAAGGGGGGUUAAGAAGAUUAGAAGGUGAUUUAAACGAAACGAGAAGUAAUUUCUAAGCUAAGCAACUCGAGGUUCCUGUCACAAAAAAAAAUGCUUUUCUAUGUAAUGUUAGUGACAACUAUUAUUAUAUUUGACUUAUUGAUUAUUAUGAUUAUUAUUAUCAUUGUGAUUAAAUAUUAUGAUAUUGUAUUCGAUACGUGCAUUUCGUCAUGUACUUAUUAUAUUUAUUACGAAUUCGCGUACAUUUUUAAUGCCUUUAUGCUAAAUACGAGACAAUUUGAGAGAUUCGGAUGGGGGGUAACGGAGAAAAAAAAAUACUUUAUCGUCCGGUUGCUGUCAUGAAAAAGAAAAAUUUCUUUUCGUGUCUAAAAAUGUUCCUGCCGCGAGUUGGUCAAAAAAAAAAGAAAAACUAUUAUUAUUAUUAUUAUUAUUACUAAUCGGUGCGUGUAAAAUUGUUUUUUUAUAUAUACGUAUAUUUAUAUAUUAUAUAAUUAUACCGUCGCGAUAUCGUCCUCACCGAUCGGCUAAUCUCUAAUCAUAUUGAUGCUCAUAUCGCGAAAAAAUUGGCACACAAAGUGGCCCCAAAAUGCACCGGGCGAUAUUAGUGAUUGCGCGCGCGCAAAGUUUUUAAAGACUGCUAAAAAUCAAAGCUUACUGCCUAAGGCCGAAGCUAAAAACAAAACCAAAAAUUGUGUUUAAAAAAAAAGUUUAAAUCUCGUCAAGGGCAACGAGAUUUAAAGAAUGAGAGAAAAAAAAGAAGUUUUACACGAAAAAGUGGAGAAUGUUUAAAAGGGGGAGGGAAAUAUUGAGAAAAGAAAACGAGGCAACGACAAUCUCGCACCGCAAACGCGCGUUGAUGAGAUCGAGUUAUUUCUUUCCUUCUUGUUUUUUUUUCUUUAUUUCAUUAAUGGCGCCAAAAAGCCCUUUAUUGUGAUUGAUAUCGGAUCGUUAUUUUUUCAAAAAAGUAAAAAAGAAAAAAAUUCCGGCGCCAUUUUUCCCUUUCUUUUUUUUUUACUUACUUAUUAAAAAUAAAAAAAUACCGCUCUUCUCUUUCGAUUCGACAAUUUCGAUUAUAGGUGUGCGAUUUUUUUAUUCCCCUCAAAAAAAAAAAACAAAAAUCCCGAGAUAAUGAAAAAAAAUGAAUAAAAUUGCAUUUUUAUGGAAAUAAAAGAAAGAAAAAAAAACAGCAAAAAUUUUGUUGACAGUAAUCGAUACACACCCUCACUGAAUAAGAGGUUACGAAUUUUAAAUAGAGGAACGAAAGAGGCGAACGGAGAUGAUGUCUAUAUACAUAUAAAAUUAUAAAAUUAAGUCAUUUUUAAAAACUGAUUACGUACGUACGCGUGUACGCAGAUAUGGAAGUGAAUAAAGUUUUUCUUUUUUGUUUUUUCUUUUUUGCGUUUUAAGUUAGAGAAAGGAUAUUGCGUGAUAGAGUAACCGAACCUCGCUACUAGCUGUUCCUAAAUCAACAAUGAAUGAGUGAUAAAGUGUGUGCAGAUAUAAGGAAUGAUUAAGAAACUAUUAUUGCGUUGGAGUUGACUGCCACGCCCGCUAAACCACUCCGCUCGUCGAUAUCAGCAGUCGCCUUUUUUUACCUUACUUUACGUUCAUUUACUACUAUUGCUCAUUAGAUGAUUUUUUUUAAUCUUCUUUCAUUUGAAAAUCUUUUGUUUUUUGCAAUUUGGAAGAAAAGAGAUUCUUUUUAUUCAAACAUUAAUUCUUCAUGAGUAUGACAAUUAUUAAUUUACAAUUAAUUACAAUCGGUAUGGUAAAAUUUACUAUAUGUCUUGUAAUACUUACAAUCUAUAGCUAAAGUUACAAUCUGUAUGGUAAUUCUUACCAACUGUAUUGUAACAACUACAAUCUGUAUGGCAAAACAUAUCAUACGGAUUGUAUCCCUCACAAUCUGUAUGGUAAAUUUUACCACCUACAUUACAACACUCACAAUCUGUAUGGUAAAACUUAUCAUACAUAUUGUAUUGUUACAAUUACCAUCCGUACAGUAAAAUUUACCAACUGCAUUUCAGUACUUGCAAUAAUGAAAAAUAAAUUAAUAAUUAAAUGGUAAAAUUUACAAUCCAGAUCGUAAUAAGAAUAAGUUUUAAAAAAUUUUCUCUGUCACAUUUAUUGAGAAGAGGAAGUGAAAAAAAAUUUAUCUGAUGAGCAAUGGUAAAUCGUAUUCUCGACUAUCAAGAGCGUCAUACGAGGUUGUCAUUCCAUCUAACUUCUUACUGAGACGAAGAUCGAAAAUGCAUUUUUCAUGAGAAUGCAUUUUUUACAGGGUCAAAUAUACGAUAGAGGAGAUGCAAUUUGUGUAGUAGAAUGAUGUAUAAAUAAAAUCUGAUUUUAUCAGGUUGCGCACAAUCAGUGAGAUGACGAAUCUAAGGUGAUAAGUGUUGUGUACAAACAUUGCUCCUAACGAAUAAAAAUUAAAAAAAAAUUUUGUUUUUAUGUAUAAAAUAACUUCCUACACAAAAGUUAGAACAAAAUUAUCCUUUAUACUAUAUACUUGACUAUAUUCUACCUAUCAAUAUCGGAUUUCUUUUUAUUCACUAUUUGAGAAGAGACUUGACUUUUCAAAAAUAUUAAACAUCCCUAAAAUUCUUUAAUCUCUUCUUAAAUUUAAUUCUCGUUCAAAAAUAUUAUUCCAAUAAAAAUAAAUCUAUUUAACACUCACAUACUUUCCAUUAGUUCCAAAAAUAAAAUCAACAUUCUCAAAUAUAUUUUGAAGAACAUGAAAUAUAUAUUUUCUAAAAAGUUAUUUUUAUAAACAUAUCCUUAAUAUUUUAUCUGACAUAUAUUCAGUUUUGUAUAUCUGUAUUUGUUGCGACUGACAAGCUUGCCCUCAUUCGCAAUGUUUCUCCAGUUCUAAUUUCUCAUUAAAAAGAGCAUUUCCCACAAACGCCAUUAAUAGAAAAUAGCGAUUGGCAUGACAGACUCGUAUGAUCGUUUCUUAAAAAAAAAAAAGAAAAAAAGAAAGCAGUCCGUGAUAAAUCUCGUCAUUAAACGAAGCGUUACUAUUUGAAGCGAAAGCAGAAU